AUGAUCGAAGAAAGCUUGACUUUCAAAUUUUUCUUUUACGAAGACGACACAGAACCUAUCUUUAUAGAAACUAUUACUUUAUUCGGCGAAACGUAUGAUGUUGCUGUUGACAUUAAUUAUGCAAAUCCAAUUGAUUUAAAAUACGUGAAGGUUGGUUUUCCUACGAGCGCAAAUUUUACAAUGAGCAAUCGAGGAAAUCAUGAAGUUAAAUAUGCCAUACUUUUGGAAAAGCAAAACAAAUUAGCCAAAAUCGCGCCAAAUUUGUCAUUAAAAUUGAACGAGGAAAUAAAAAUUAAUCCUGCUUCUGGUUCCAUUCAACCAAAAGAAGAAGUUAUUAUACAAGUAACUUUCGUACCAAACAAUGAAAUUACUUUAAAAGAGUGCCCAAUACUCCGAUGCCAUCUUCUUGAUAUGAAUAAAGAAGCUGCUGUAAUUGCGGAAUUUCCUCUCACAGUUUCCCUAAUUGCGUAUUACACGAAGUUUCGCAUUUAUCCUUACAAUGAAAUAAAUUUUUGCUCGCUUGGUAUAUGCACAAAAAAAACGCUAUAUCUUAAUGUGGAAAAUGUCGGUGAAUUCCCUCUUCAUUAUUCUAUUGUAACGCCUGUUAAACAUCCAUUCAUUGCCUAUAUGUCAGAAAACGUAAUUAAAAACAAUGAUGACAAAUCGACAGAUACGUCAAUGAGAAAAGAUAAAUCGCAAAUCAAAGACUUAGAUGACAAAAAGACACAAGAAUGUAUCACUAUGUUAAAAAUUGGUCCCUUUACUGUGACAAAAACCGAAGGAGACCUUCAGCCUGGAGAGAUCGAUAUCGUGGCAAUCGAAUGUUAUCCUGAAUUCGUAGGUUCUGAAGAGGAAGACAUAAUAAUUCUCGUUCCUGAUAGCGCUCCCGAAGAUAGAAAUGGCAAAUUGAUAAAAUUAUCCGUUAAUUCCUGCAUACCAAGUGUUAAUCUACAAGAUCUCGACACUAUAUUCCAUGAAAAUCACAUUGUGAAUCACAUCGAAGACUUCAUUUGUUCAAAAGAAAUCGGUACACAUACCAUAUUCGCACGUCAAGAGAAAUGCCUGUAUUUCCGUUACGUCAGCGUGUUUCAUACUCAUACAGCAUACUUUGUGCUUUGCAACCAAAAUGUAAUACCUGCCGACGUGAAACUGACUUUACUCACGGAUUCAUUUACACCAAAAACUAUGAGACCUGAUACUUUCGUUCUGAUACCCGAAAGAGAACGCAUUCAACCAAUGAGUCACAAGAGAUUCGCGAUUUCAUUCAAUCCGACGUUUAUAGAGACAUGUUAUGCAAUCUUCGAUGUAGCAGUCGAACUUCCCCCGCAUUUGAAGGAUGAAAAAUUUUUCGUUAAAUUAGUAGGACAAGCUUGCGUGCCAGAAGUGACAAUCAUCGAACCACCAAGCACAAAACGAGAACGAACUGUUUUAAAUUUUGGUCGUACGCUUGUAGGUGAAUCUAAUGGAAAAAAAUUUGCUAUUAAAAAUAUUGGUGUGAUACCAACUAAAGUGAUUAUCGAAAUUAUUGAGGAUCCAAAUUUCCAUUUUACUCUCAACAUUUGCGAGGAUACAAGAAACUUGUCAAGUGUGUCAAACGAUCGGUGUAUCGUAAUUCGUUUAAUACCUGAAGAAACGGUUUCUCUCGAAGUAAAAUUUACUCCGCGAGAGAUCGGCAAGUACAAAAGUCAAGUGCAACUAUUUAUUACCGAUAAUCCCUAUGAGAAUCUAACAAUUGAUUUGAAGAGCGAAACAUAUGCAGAAUUAAUUGUGUUAGAUGGAUUAGAGCUCGCGAAUACAAAGCUUAAGUCUGUCGAUGAAAAAAAAGAAUCUAACGCAAAAUUGCGAAGAUCGUCAAAAUCAAAUAGUACAACAAAAGUUUCAACACCGCCAACGCUCCCGGUUUCAUUGAUCUAUGUACUGGAUUAUGGAUAUUGCUUUGUUAAUAAAAUAUACAGGAAGAGCUUUAAAGUCGUUAAUAAAUCAAUAAACCAGUAUUUACGUUUUCAAUGGAGCGCACAUCCCAACGUUGUAUUUACUCCAUCAAUCGGUCAUCUGAAACCUUUAACUUGUAAAGAAAUCGUUGCGACAUUUCUUUCUUCGGAGCCAACAAUUUACAUUGACACGUGUCUCGAAUGUACAGUCUGUGCAAUUGAGCUCGCCAAUUCCGUGAAAGAAUCAUCAUGGGACGAUCGAGAGACACAGGUGCGGUGGGAAACAAUAAAUUCCGAUGCCAAGGAGCCAAAUGCGGAAAUAGCUAAAAAAAUAAUUGAGCCUGUUAACGAGCCGAAACAUGAAAUCGUUCCUGGUACGACGAAGUGCAUCCAAGUGUUACUUAAUGCCAUCGUAGCAUUCUCCAAAUAUUCUUGCUCCGUUAAAGAGAUCAAUUUCAAGAACACACUAAUGUUUCAGACUAGCGAACACUCGUUCAUUUUUGCAAACACUGGUGCUGUCGACGUCGAAUAUACAUGGCAGAUAAAUAUGGACGAGCAAUAUCCGGUGAGAUCGAUCGCAAAUUAUUCACAAGCCACAUCAAGAUCACAAAAGGACAAUGUUCAAUUUAAAGCUACUUCAUUAAUGUCUCACGAACUAUCUCAUCAACGAGACAAUCCAAGUUUCGACAAGAGCGUAAAAUCAAAUCGUCGACAGCUUCUGUCGUCUCGAGAUAAUUUUGUCGAGGUGAAACCAACUGUUCGCUGUAGUCCAUCCGAUCUCUUCAGCAGCACUGCCGGAUUGACAGAACGAACUAGCGAUAGCUGGUUAGAAAGUGAUGAUUUACCAUUUGAAAUUUAUCCCGAGAAGGGAAUUUUAUCCCCGGGUGAAUCUGUGGAAUGCGUCUUGAGAUUCUCUCCCAUGGAUGUGUUUGAUUACAAAGCGUAUCUUACAUGCAAAAUGGAGAAUCUCGAGCUACCAGAGUUGAUUAUUCCUAUCGUGGGAAGAAGUUUGUUGCCAUACUGCCACUUCGACAUACCGGAAAGCGACUAUCUGUCCAGCGAUAGACGUGACAUGAAACUGCCUGGACCCAUUGGUUAUCAACCGGAUGAUAAUUCUCUUCCGGAGGGCACGAGAGUGAUUGAGCUCGAAGUGAUCGGAAUCAGCGGGUCUCACAUAAAAAAAUUCCGAAUGAUAAAUCCGACAUCAGAUGAUUAUCAUUUCAUUUGGGAGGAUCGUACUCGUCACGUCGAAGACGAGAUUUCAAAAUUUCAUUGUGCACUUCCGGAAGGAAUCGCUGAACGAGGAAAACAAGUCGACUUCGCGUUUACCUUCCUCGCGGAAAAUAUCGGCACUUUCGAAUCCUUUUGGUUGUUCCGUGUUGAAAAAUACAAUCUGGAGUAUCUCUUUCUAUUUGUCGCGACGGUCAGAGAACCAUCGGUUUGCUGUUCUCGUGUCCAUUUAAAAAUGAGACCAACCGUAAUGGGCAUCAAUGUGCGAGAAUCGAUAAGCAUAAUCAAUAAAGAAGAAUUUCAGAUUCCCUUUCAGAUCACGCGGGAUUCUUUAUAUUCUGAAGGACGUCUUCAAUAUUUGAAAAUAACGCCUAUAAAUGGCACUUUGCCUGCAAAAGGCGAACAAAUAUUUUGGGUCGAAUAUCAGCCUACACUUGUUGGCGAAUUUCAAUUUUCUGUAAAAUGCAUUAUAAAAAGAAUGAAAGCACCAUUGACUAUAUUUGUUACGACGACAACAUACGAUAUUAUUGUUUCGGUUACAUAUGUCGAUCAGAACCGCCAGAUAGUUCAAUUAAAUCAAGAUAAAGAGAAUAUUAUCGACUGUGGAAAAUUAUUGUUAAAAGCGCCCGUUACUGUCGUGUUUGAAAUAAUAAACUCAAGCAAAAUGACGUUUUAUUAUUCUUGGGAUCUUGGAAUGACAUCAGAAAUAAUUAGCAGAAAUAUGUACACGAUUGCAAUGCCUCAAAAGCAGGACCAUGUGCUUAGCAAGUCGCGUUCCAUCUGUUCUCUUAUUGUUACAGCAUUACAAAAGACGGUGAUAAAGAAUCAUCCUAUUCUCUUAAAGAUUUCCAGAGGGCCAACCUACCGACUAAUCUUAAAAGCGACGGCAAACAAACCAAUUUUAGAGUUUAGUUUUAAUUAUUACGACUUUGGACCUUGCUACAUUCGAGAUGUUUCUACGAUUCCUUAUCGCGUCGAUUUACGCAUUACGAAUUCAGAUGAUGUUUCGUACAUACUGGAGUGCAAGUUUGAAGAGAAGCCACACAUCUCUGUAAAUCUGGACGCUCUUUCAGAGACAAUAGUAGCUCGAUCAAGUAUUAUCAUUCCAAUAACAUUUCGACCUUUAGAACAGGUGCACUAUCGCGAUGACUUACAUUUUAUAAUCAAUUCGACGAUCGAAAAAAAGAUUACUGUAACUGGCGAAGGAAUUAUAUAUAAGAUUCGUUUAGUAAAUCCACGCGACAAAUCGGUGGAUCUUGGUAGUCUACCACUUAACAAAACAACAAGUAGAAAAGUGCCAGUGAUCAACGAUGGACGUGCUGCGCUCGAAUUAAAGUUCGAUCUCAUGAAAAAUCUACCUGGAUAUGAUUUAUUUCACGAAAGAGUUCAAAAUUGUUCGUUGAUCGAUCAGGAGAACUCCAAAAUGAAUCACACUCAAGCUUCGAUAACUGAAACGAAACGUUCGAAUGUCUUUGAUGAAACUCUUCAGACGGAACCUAAUCUGUCUCAAGUUCUGGAGAUCGAGCCGGCAGAAUCGAUCGUACUUCAGCCAGGGAAAAUCGCGAAUAUUGUCGUAAAAUACAAACCUAUUCACAGGAUGCAUCCUUUUGUCAUUAAGGUGGCUUUUCAAACGAAUUCUACGAUCCAACCGUUAUUUAUCUUGCGCGGAAGCUGUAUAGGCGCGGAAUUCCAUUUGAACAGGACUUAUGUGCCUUUUGGUAUCGUUGUUCAAGGUUGUCUCAGCGAAGCAAAGAUAGUGCUAUUGAAUACGGGAGAUAUUGGUGCCAGAUUCAAGUGGAACACGUUGAAAUUGCCCGAAGACUUUAACAUCACUCCUGCAACUGGCUAUUGCUCUCCUGGUAUGGACAUCAACUUCGUUGUCAGUUUCCAACCUAUUCGACAUGAUAGUUUGAUCGAGGGCAAUGCAACGCUUGAAAUUGAAAAAUAUAAAAAUCUCGACUUAAGAAUUACUGGAGCUAGCUGCAAACUGCCUGAUCCGAUCGACACUCUGUUCUUCUCGUGUCGCGUUCGCGAGAAAAUAAUGAGGUCUCUGAACGUCGAAAACGAUAUCGUAACUUUGAAACCGGAGGUCACCGGCGAAUAUUUUUUUAUCGACGAGGUCUCAUACGAUCCUUUGAAAAAAUCUGCUACCUGUACAGUCAUCUAUGCCCCUCUAGUCAUGAAUAGCGAGAGCAAUCUUCACGAAGGUACAUUGCUUCUAAAACUGCCGGAUGACAAAGCUCCUUUAGUGUACUGUCUUCGAGGGCUUAGUCUACCUCCACAAGUUCUCCAAAGGAUUACACGUCAAUUUCCGGCAAAAACAAAAUACACUGAAUUGUUACCUGUUUACAAUUGGCUCAAUAGGCAACAACGAUUCGAAUGCCAAAUUGAGAAUGUGAACGGCAAAGAGCCCGCCGAGAAUGUCGAAAUGUUCACUUUUGUCGGCAACAGCAAGAUAGACGUUCCAGCAAACGGCCAACGAGAUUAUCGCGCAGAGUUUUAUUCCUACAAAGAAUCAAAAUAUAAUUUUAUGGUAACGUUUACUAACGAAGAGGGCGAAUAUCAAUUUUACGAACUUCAGUAUGAUAUUACAAGACCACAAGAGAUCGAAUCGAUCAAACUGAUCACUGUGGUACGAUCUCCGGUGUGCCAUGCUUUAAAACUUAAUAAUCCACUUAAGAAGCAGCACGUAACAUAUAUGGCAACAUGUCAGCAUCCCUACAUCACAAUUCAUAACGUACCAACGCUUGUAGCGCCAUUAUGCAGCGAAAUUAUCAAAAUCAAAUACCACCCUUUACAUUCCGCCGAGGAAAUUACGGUAGCCUUGGACAUCAACUGCGAGGAACUCGGAUUGUUUCCCUACGAGUUACGAUUGCGAGCGAUAUCAGCAUCACCAGAGAAAACGACGCGCGUUGAUGCGAUGCUUGGUAGUUCUGUCACCUUUUCCCUGAACGUAAUCAAUCAUGCCGAGAACACUACAAUAUUCACUAUCAAAGUGAAUAAUGAAUGCUUUACGACUUCGAAGGACAUCGAGGUGUCGGCGUUGAAAAGUACAUCAUUCGACGUAACUUACGAACCCUGCGACAUCGAAAAUGUCUCUGCUACUUUGACAGCCACAUCUGAGAUUGCCGGCCAAUUUGUAUUUCCUCUCAUUGGUACGUAUUCGUUGCCGAAACCUCAAGGGCCAUAUACAGUUGCUACCAAUGCACCGGCUUCUAUACCCUUCAAGAAUAUAUUUAGAGAAACCAAAUCUUUUGAGCUUAUCUUGGACGAUCCCGAAGUUUUCGUAACAUCGACGUCGUUGGACAAAAUUAAACAAAAACAGGCGAUCUCUAUUGUCGUUCACCUAAAAGAUAAUGGAAAAAGAGAAAUGGAAGAUAAUUAUCCAGUAACCGGAAAACUUCUAGUGUACUGCACAGAUCCCAAGAUUUCUCACAUAAAUUGGAUUUAUUAUUUGAGAGGUAUAUACGCAAACAAUAAAUGA